AUGACUCACAGACCGCUACUUCACUACCUGCCUACUCCACGACACGCCUACUCCACUACCCGCCGCCUACUCCACUACCCGCCGCCUACUCCACUACCCGCCGCCUACUCCACUAUCCGCCGCCUACUCCACUACCCACCACCUACUCCACUACCCGCAGCCUACUCCACCACCCGUUGCCUACUCCACCACCCGUCGCCUACUCCACCACCCGUCGCCUACUCUACUACCCGUAGCCUACUCCACUACCCGCAGCCUACUCCACUAUCCGCAGCCUAUUCCACCAUCCGCCGCCUACUCCACCAACCGCCGCCUUCUCCACUAACCGUCACCUACUCCACCACCCGUCGCCUACUCCACCACCCGCCUAAUCCACUACCCGCCGCCUACUCCACUACCCGUCGCCUACUCCACCACCCGCCUACUCCACAACACGUCGCCUACUACACUACCCGUCGCCUACUCCACUACCCACCGCCUACAUCACAACCGGUCAACUACUUCACUACCCGCCACCUACUCCACCACCCGUCGCCUACUCCACCACCCGUUGCCUACUCUACUACCCGCCGCCUACACCACUACCAGUCAACUACUCCACUACCCGCCAGCUACUCCACCUCCCGCCGCCUACACCACUACCGGUCAACUACUCCACUACCCGCCACCUACUCCACCACCCGCCGCCUACUCCACCAACCGCCGCCUUCUCCACUACCCGCCACCUACUCCACCAUCCGCCGCCUACUCCACCACCCGUCGCCUACUCCACCACCCGUCGCCUACUCCACCACCCCCCGCCUACUCCACCAACCGCCGCCUUCUCCACCACCCGUGGCCUACUCCACUACCCGCCACCUACUCCACUACCCGCCGCCUACUCCACCACCCGUCGCCUACUCCACCAUCCGCCGCCUGCUCCACCACCCGCCGCCUACUCCACCACCCGUCGCCUACUCCACCACCCGCCGCCUGCUCCACCACCCGUCCCCUACUCCACCACCCGCCGCCUACUCCACCACCCGUCGCCUACUCCACCACCCGUCGCCUACUCCACCACCCGCCGCCUACUCCACCACCCGUCGCCUACUCCACCACCCGUCGCCUACUCCACCACCCGCCUCCAAAUCCACCACCCGUCGACAACUCCACCACCCGCCGCCUACUCCACCACCCGCCUACUCCACCACCCGUCGCCUACUCCACCACCCGUCGCCUACUCCACCACCCGUCGCCUACUCCACCACCCGCCGCCUACUCCACCAACCGCCGCCUUCUCCACCACCCGUGGCCUACUCCACUACCCGCCACCUCCUCCACUACCCGCCGCCUACUCCACCACCCGUCGCCUACUCCACCGGCCGCCGCCUGCUCCACCACCCGUCGCCUUCUCCACUACCCGCCACCUACUCUACUACCCGCCACCUACUCCACCAUCCGCCGCCUGCUCCACCAACCGCCGCCUUCUCCACUACCCACCACCUGCUCCACCACCCGUCGCCUACUCCACCACCCGUCGCCUACUCCACCACCCGCCGCCUGCUCCACCACCGCCUGCUCCACCACCCGUCGCCUACUCCACCACCCGCCGCCUACUCCACCACCCGCCGCAUACUCCACCACCCGCCUACUCCACCACCCGUCGCCUACUCCACCACCCGCCGCCUACUCCACCACCCGCCGCCUGCUCCACCACCCGCCGCCUACUCCACCACCCGUCGCCUACUCCACCACCCGUCGCCUACUCCACCACCCGCCACCUACUCCACCAACCGCCGCCUUCUCCACUACCCACCACCUACUCCACUACCCGCCACCUACUCCACCAACCGCCGCCUUCUCCACUACCCGCCACCUACUCCACCACCCGUCGCCUACUCCACCACCCGUCGCCUACUCCACCACCCGUCGCCUACUCCACCACCCGUCGCCUACUCCACCACCCGCCGCCUACUCCACUACCGGUCACCUACUCCACUACACGCCACCUACUCCACUACCCGCCACCCACUCCACUAA